CACCUGUUGCGCGCGAUGGCUGUGCCGACGUUCGCCUCUGCUGGCCGGGCCCGGUUCGCCAUCAAGAGCUACAGCGUAGAGCAUGGAUACCCGUCGAGGCGUCGUUCGCUGCUGGACGAUGCCAAGUUCGAGACGCAGAAGCGCCGAGAGGCUCAGAAGUUACGGUCCCAGGAUGAAGAGGCCCUGCUGGAGGACAUCCUUUCCGUAGGAGGAGUGGCGGAGGAUGCGACAAUAAGCGUCGUGUUUGGCCUCAAGAAGGGCGUCCAGGACUUGGCAACCAUCCUCAAGGAGGUCGAGGCUUGCGGCGGACGCGUGUCGCACCUGGAGACCCGCACGGGCCGCACGGCCGAGGCACCACUCGAGGCAUUCGCAUCGCUCCGUGGCAUGGUGCGGGAUGACCUUCUGCGGCUGGCAAAGACCCUGGCUCUCGGCGGCCUCGGAGACAUGCGCGUAGUCAAGGACGUGGGCUCCGCGCUCGCAGGAGACAUCUGGUUCCCGCUGCACAUCACCGACCUGGACUUCUGCACACACGUGCUGACCAAGUUUGAACCGGACCUAGACAGUGAUCAUCCGGGCUUCUCUGACCCGGCGUACCGGCAGCGCCGCAAGGAGAUCGCCCAGAUUGCCUUCGACUACAAGCAGGGACAGCCCAUACCGAAGGUCGAGUACACGCCGGACGAAGUACGCACCUGGGGCGUCGUGUACCGGGGUAUGCGCGAGCUGGUGCCGACGCACACCUGCCAGGAGUUCGCCGACGCCCUGGAGAGGCUGGAGAAGGAGCUGGGCUACGGCCCGGACGCCAUCCCGCAGCUGGACGACGUGUCGAACUUCCUCAAACGUCGUAGUGGUUUCACCUUGCGACCGGCCUCGGGUCUGCUGACGGCGCGCGACUUCCUGGCAUCGCUGGCAUUCCGCGUGUUCCAGUGCACGCAAUACAUGCGCCACGGGUCCGCGCCCCACCACUCGCCCGAGCCGGACUGCGUCCACGAGCUGAUAGGUCACGUGCCCAUGUUCGCCGACCCAGGAUUCGCCCAGUUCUCGCAGGACAUCGGUCUCGCCUCGCUCGGCAUCGCCGACGAGGACAUCGAGAAACUGGCCACGCUCUACUGGUUCACGGUGGAGUUCGGGCUUUGCAAGCAGGCGGGUGAGAUACGGGCCUACGGCGCUGGCUUGCUCUCCUCUGUCGGGGAACUGAAGCACGCGUUGUCGGGCAAGCCGGCCAUUCUUCCUUUCGUGCCGGAGAGGACGGCGGUUCAGAAGUACCAGGACCUCGAGUACCAGGACACCUACUUCCUGGCAGAGAGCUUCCUCGACGCCAGAGAGAAACUGCGGCAGUACGUGGCCAGCGCCAACUUCCGGCCUUUCGAGGUGAGCUACGAUCCUCACCGGCAGUGCGUGCUGGUGCUCGACACACCCAAGAAGCUGCUCGGCGUGGUUGACACGCUGCGCGCCGAGAUACAGGCCCUCACGAGCGCCCUCGGCAAGAUGAAGUAGUGGGCGACGUGCAGCAAGCCGGUCCUGCGAUAUAUUCGUGUUUCAGCUCCGCCCGUGGUGUUUCACUCUAGAUUCCGGGGUAUGCGCCACUUGUGGGGCCGAUCACAGUUGUGGUGUCAACUCUGCUUCCGGGAUGUAUUCUGCCUUCUGGAGCUCUGCUUCUUUCCUGCCCUUCGUUUUACUCUUGGUCCCGCAACGUUUUUCGCCAAGUAUUCUACCUCUCCGGAUUCUAGUCUGACGUCAUGGAUGCCGUUCGCUCUGUCGCUCUAGUACGAGGGAAAGUGGAGCAAGGUGAUGAGGACUUGGGGUUUCCAAAAGCAGGCGCAGAAAAGAAUACAGGAGAAACGAGAAGGACAACAGCCUACAAUUCGACACUUCGAGAGAGAGAGAGAGCAAGAAGAGGAAAGGAAAGGAGGUUAACCAGAGUUGACUGACGAUCUGGGGAGCUCACGCUCUACCGAGAAAGAAGCAGUCAAGCCUAUUUAAUUCCACGCUGCGCUAAAACCGCUCAGCCACACUCGCGUCAGUCACUCACGAGUCUAAUCGCCAAGACUGCUCGCAUGUAUACGAAUGCUUUUAGAGCGACAGCCCGAGAGUGCGAGACAUGUGUGCUCUGUUGUGAUUGCUGAAGGGUUUUGUUCAAAAGUAAAACAGGGGGGGACAUUGCGAGGGCGUCUGGCAAAUACGCUCGUGUGGUUCAAUCAGCGUGCGAAUGAUGAUUAAUGCGCGGAUCUCAAAAGACAUGGCUUCGUACGUCGCGGAGUGAUAACUCGCUUCAGGGUUAUAUGCCAUCAAAAAAUGUUUGUACAGUUAUAGCUCAAUUAAACAUAUCGGUUUACUUGUUUCUAUUAUCAAAAGAAAAGUGUUAAUAUCAGAACAAAAAUUUAAACAUAUAUCGUAGUGCUUGUGAUAUUAAAAUAGUAACCAAACUUAGCAGCACAAUUGCGCUAUGAAUUGCUUACUGAUUAAAUUGAAAAUAUUGUCAAACUUUACUGCUGCUCAACGUUAUGUACUUAGUUCGUACAAAAGAACGACUUUAUUCGAAGAGAGAACACAAUUUAACGUAUACUGUAUAAUCCACAAAUACAUUGUGAGCCGAGUUCAUGGCCAAAUAAAGUAGGAUGGAUGUAGUGCACAUCAUUGCCACGUUGAACCAACAGUGGCGGAGCAAUGUUCCCGCGACAGUUCGUGUUUUUUUUUUUUUUUUUUUUUUUUUUUUGUAACCGUGCUCCAACACCACGAGAUAUCCAUGUGACGCGCCUACUUCGCGAUUUGUUGUUUUUCACCCUCUGAGCCAGAUUGUGCGUGGUGGGAAGUGGCGAAAUUACUGUACUUCUCGUGAACUGUUUAUGUGUCGUGCUAAAUAAACCUCUUCCGUGUAUAAUAAACGUUCACUG